GGGCGUUCUAGAAUCUUUCCCUAUUGUAGUGAUGAUGGUCAAGGCUAAUUACGCCGAAGCACCCUCGUUAGCAGAUGCGAUGCCGUGAUCGUCUCUUCUAUACUUUUCUUCUUUAGCAAGAAAAUCCUCUUUCAAAUUGGACGCACAACGGUCGCCUACUCUAUUCUCUCAUCAGUUUAACGCUAUCUUUAUUGGGUUCAUAGAGUCCAACGAUCGUACAGUUGGUGCGCAUUUGAUUCGAAAGCCUGCAAACACUGCAGUUAUGGUGCUUCCUCUGGUGAAGCUCGGGACCCUCGCCCUGAAGACACUGUGCAAACCAAUAGCCGGUAGGCUUAAGAAAGAGGCCGGAUUGCAUCCCAGGUUCCGCCAGUUGAUUAUCAACUUUGCCCAGGCUAAUCAUCGGUUCCAAACAAACGUCCAAAGGCGCAUCUAUGGUCAUGCAACUGAUGUUGCAAUCCGCCCUUUGAAUGAGGAGAAAGCUGUUCAAGCUGCUGCUGAUCUUCUUGGGGAACUAUUUGUGUUUUCGGUUGCGGGAGCCGCUGUGAUCUUUGAGGUGCAAAGAAGUUCAAGAUCAGAAGCUAGAAAGGAGGAACUACGCAAGCAGGAACUAGAGGCAUUUAAGCAGAAGGAUGAAGAGUUGGCUAGGGAAGUUGAACUUCUGAAGCAUAGACUAGAAGAGCUGGAGCGUCUUGCAAGGGGACGAGGACUGAGUGGUCUUUUCAACUUGAAGCAUCCUCAGACCACUGAAGAUGUAAAGUCAGCGACACCUCACUAAGUGUGCAGGUCACGAAAUCUAUUAAAAUUUUACCUGUUACAGGGAAGCCUGUAAUUUUUUGCAUCAGGUUCAUCUGAGUAAUUGGGGAUAUAUUUUACUGUUCUCAUUUGUAAAUGAAAUUAAUUGAUGGUUAGAAGAGUUUGUGCCCUUCUUUUUUACCCCUUAUUCUUUGUUUGCAGUCAAGAAACAUGUUGAGC